UAUCAUGUGCGUUAUGGAUUUUAUAGAAGUAUCAUUCUUUGUUAAAUGUAUGCACGAGAGAGUUAAACGGCCGAGCUUAUUGCACUGAGGUAACUUGGCCGAAUAGUCUUUUUUUGCACAUGAUUUUAGGACGUUAAGAGCUUAAGUAACGUUGUCGCAAAUUUAUCCAGAGUUUAAGGUGGGGUCCAUAUUUCUAACGUUUGCAGUUUCAAUGGCUUCACAUGUCAAUGCUUGUUCUUGUUCUCGUGGAUAGGUUGCUUUCAUUCAUGGGACCAGUUUACUUUUUCGUGAUAUUGUACUAGGGCCACGGCUGUACAAAUACCUUCAAGUUUCAGGUUAUUGAUUUUAAGCAAGCUAAGUAAGUUAAUGGUAUUUUGAUUCUAUAUCUUUCUUUUUUGCUAUCUUGACAGUUUGAAAUUUCAUAUAAUUUCCGCAAGAACGGUUUAUAUAUGUAGACGUUUGAUGAUCGAUGGCUAGCAUUUCUUUUCUGGUUUGCGGGACAGAGUAUUCCCUGUUGUUACUUGUUAUCAGUGGUCUGUCGAGUCUUCCAGCUGCCUGGUGUCAGUAUUGUAACACUGUAAAUGGUACGUUUAUCAGAAUUCCAGUAAUAUCGAGAAAGAAGAAGAAUGCAAUUACAUAUCUAAGGGCAUGCCUUGGGAGGGAGUUGCAAAGAAGGAGGAAGGAACGAUAUUGGGUUCCAAGGCAUUCAUUGGCCAUUUCUUUGACUGAUACUUGUCAAAACUCGCCAAGUUUAAAAUUGGAAUUACAUGUACCUAGUGUCAGUUAUGCCCAGAAGCUGUUUGUGGUUAAAUCGUGAUAAAUCCCAGCCCCUCGGCUCAGCCAUAAUGCUUAAUCCGUUUCGCGAAAAAAGAGCCGAGAGAGAACUAAGCAACGGGCAAGGCUUAAACCGAGAGAGAAAACCAGACUCCGGCAGAUUUUGACCUAAGUUAGCCUGCGUAUGUAUUUUCCUUCAGCUGAACCUAAGAUUAAAAUCUCCUCGACUCCGUCAUCGAGCAAACUGGCGAUUGGCACAACCAUUAAUUUGACUUGUACUGCGUGGCAGACUGAUGACAUGGCAAAGAGUCCAAAGACAAAACCACAUAUAAUUGAAUGGUUUGAUCCUCAAGAUAAACGAGUCGGAGAUAAAUGCUACGCUGGAUCUCCAGCAGCCUCACGAAUGAGGUGCACAUUAAUGGUUGGUGCGCUGACGGACGAAAAACUUGGUAACUACACCUGUAGAGCAAGAAAUGGUUACGGUCACUGCAGCACCAAAAGAUUUGAAAUCAAGCUCUGGGCUCCCGAGGUAACUGUUCACUGUGAAAACCAAUACAUGACUGUCGUGGUAGCAAAAGCACUUCUUCCCGGGGUUGACCGCAGACAUCUCCGACUCCGGAAUUCCUCCUGUUCGGCGGCAGAGUCAACCACUCAUUUUUCACUUACAACACCGCUUGAUGGUUGUCUCACAUCAGCCAGUGAAACUCCCACUUCUUUAAUAUACUCUAACAAAGUCCUUGAAAUCCCGUCAGACAUAGUCAUAAAUGGGGCUGUAACGCGCAAAAAGCAGGUGCAGAUUCCAUUCAGUUGCCAGUACUCCAAGUCUGGCAUGGUGUCCUCAUCUGGUUGGAAACCUGAAAGUAACGCUGUCGACUUUAACGUUGAAGGUCGAGGGAAUUUCACCAUCACCUUGAAUAUGUUUCCGAACAGGGACUUUGCAACUCCUUACUCUCACAAGGACAUGCCAGUUGCGGCAGAACUCCAACAGCCCCUGUUCUUUGAGGUGUCUGUAUUAACUGGUGACAGUCAGUUGUCAAUCGCCGCUCAUCGCUGUUAUGCCACGCCAACACAACAUCACAGUGGUUCUGUAGAAUACAAUUUCAUUCAAAACGGAUGCCCAGCUGAUGAAAGUACCGCUUUCCUAUCCACCAACUCGGAAAGUGCCCAGCGGUUCACAACUACUGCAUUUCAGUUUACUGGCAAUCACCCUUUUGUCUUCAUACACUGUCACGUGGUAAUCUGUGACAGGAAUGACUCCUUGUCUGAGUGCAGGAAGACAUGCCCAUCAUCGAAUGGUAGACUUAGAAAGCGUGAAGUUCAUGAUGACUUGAUCGAUGGGUACUCACUUGGACAGGGUCCUGUCCAUUUGGUGCGCAGGAAGCGAGAUUUGGACAGAGCUGAAUCGUGUACAUGUAACAAGAAUGGCUCUGGCUUAGCAGUCGGUAUCAUGGGUCUGGCCCUUGUAUGUGCCGUUUGCCUCAUCGCAACCGUUUUGAUGUUUACCAGAAAAUAUCGGCACGAGCAACAUGCUGAUUCAAGGUCUUUGGCAAUGCCAUGA